AUGCAGCGGGCAUCGAAGCGCAAAAUCAACAACGGCGAAGACGACGGGUCCAGUACGAGCAAGAAGAAGGCGUUCGUAGAUCUUCAGAACGCCGAGAUACGCCUGGAACAACAAAAGUUGGAGUACAAGACCAAGAAACUUGAAGCAGACAUUCACGAACAAGCAGAAGCGCGAAAGGAGCGUGCGGAAAUGCGAGAAAUGGAGUUGAAGAAGCAUGCCGACAUGAUGGAACUCAUUCGUCUUAGCUUGGCUAAGCAUUAA